UUGGUAAAAUCAUAUGAUUGGAUGAACAAUUCUCUGUCGCUGAAGAAGAUAAAUAAAUUAAGUCCAUUCUAUAACCUACAAUGACCGCCGGAAUAAGCGAAAAAGAGGCUGCUGGCCAGCUGUUAGAUGACUUGUACCUAGACAUGUUCCACCUGGUUGAGGAGCACACCAAGAGCAGAAUUAAUCUAGAGCGAAGCAAUGCCAGUGGGGCGAUUCUUCUGGCCCGAACUCGAUUCCAGCACGGAGGCAGUAAUUCUGUGUCCACGGCACAGAUUCCAACGGAGAACAGUGCCGAGUUUAAAGCCCUCUGUCGGGUUAUAGACUCUAGGGAUGGCAUCUCCGUAGAGAGGCAGCCGGUGGACAAGUCUAAGGGAUUCGUGGAGCCCCUGCACUGGUUUUCGGUCCUGCCGCCUAUGAGUUUGCGCAAUGCGGUAUCAAAGUUUAAGGAUUGCAUCGAGCUGGUAGCGGAGAGCACAAAUCUCCAGCGGCAGUUGGGACAAGCACUGGAUUGGAUAACCAAACUGCGCAGGAGUGCCCUGCUAAAGUAGGCAAUUAUAAUCUAAACACAAUCCAUAAAACGAUAAGAAUAAAGUAGAUCUGAAACCGUAAA